UGGUGCACUAACGAAAUUAGUGUGUUUUCCCUGAAAAAAAGUGCAGUACUGCUGUGAACUGUAUAAUGAUAUUUUGGAGGAGUGUAUGCUGAGAGGCAGUUUUUCUAACUGGGUUCUGUUAAAUGCACAUUGGCUUUUGUUCCUUUCAUGGAAGAUGGAAACAGGAAGGAUGAAACUUUUCGACCAACUUCGGAGCAGAUCGAGAGAUGGAUGCACAGAGCCUUUGAAAUGGCAAAAGAAGCUUUGAAAAAUGGAGAGGUGCCUGUUGGUUGCCUUAUGGUGUAUGAAAACAUGAUACUCGGACAGGGGAGAAAUGAAGUCAACGAGACAAAGAAUGCGACUCGACAUGCUGAAAUGGUAGCAAUCGAUCAGGUCCUUGCAUGGUGCCGUUUGAAUGAGCGAGACUGGCAUGAUGUAGUGAAAAGAACAGUGCUAUAUGUGACUGUAGAGCCAUGUAUUAUGUGUGCAGCUGCACUGCGCUUGCUCAGUAUCCUUUUUUGUAUGACUGAAACAGAGGGAUUUGAGGUCUACAUUGUGGGCUGUGAGCAGAGAAAAUUGUGCAGCUGUGGAAUACCAGAGAAGAAAAUUUUGCAGCUGUGUCAAAGGAGUAAGAGGAAAACUACAUUUUAUGGCUGCCAGAAUGACAGAUUUGGAGGUUGCGGUUCAGUUCUCAGUAUCCCAUCAGAUGAUCUAUCCAACACGGGGAAGCCGUUUCAGUGCAUUUCGGGAUACAGACAUGAGGAAGCUGUUGAAAUGCUGAAGACAUUUUACAGACAAGAGAAUCCAAAUGUUCCGAAGUCAAAGGCAAGGAAGAAGGAAAACAUUUCCAUCUGAAAAACAAAUGUGUACCUUAUGUUGUUGAAUAUUAUGUGCACUUUGUGCUUCAUUUAUAAAAUGUUUCAUCUUGGAUGUUUCUAGCAACAUUUCCAAAUCAGUUUGACUAUGCUUUUAAUGGCAGUGGAAGAACCCAUUCAGUCGUUGAAUCUGGAUUCUAAGAAAAGACAAGUUACCCUACCCCAGGAUAAGGGUAGAUUCUAUUUUAUAUUUGUUUGUUUGCUUUGUUUCUAGGAUGCAAACUUUUGAAACAGUCUGUAUCAUUUUAAUGCCUUGGAAUGGAAGCUGACUGUUGUCAAGUUACAAUGACUACACAUAUCUAGAGAGAGCUGCAUUAAUCACCAUCCCUGAGUUUCAGGCUUUCAGUUUGUGGUGCAUCCCGGGACCAUCAUGUGAGAUCUUCAUGCAGGUGCAGUAUUUAGCAUUGUGGCCGUACAGCACCUGAUUCCCCAGUUCAUUUCCCAGCUUAGGUGCCUUCUCUGCAUUGUUAGCCAGCCCUUUUGUCCACAAAGAGCUUUUAUCCAGGUUUACGGUUUUCUUCCCCAUUUCAGAUUGCUUGUAGCUGAAUUGCUCCUGUGUGUGUGUGUGUGUGUGUGUGUGUGUGUGUGUGUGUGUGUGUGUGUGUGUGUGUGUGUGUGUGUGUGUGUGUGUUUAUCCUUUGAUGGAUCAUGUCCGAACAACAUAUGGUUCUUUCUUAUUAUCUGUUGCAUUAUCAGGAUAGGCUCUGGCUCCUUUGUGACCCACAAGAAGUUGAUGUGGGUAUUACAAACGAAUGAUUACUGCAGACCAGGUUCUUAUCCCUUUAAUCACUGUUAUGUCUGUGGCUCUGCAUUGAUAAUGCUAGUAUGAUUUCCCCUAUCUAUCUGAAAAGAAGUGUCUGCCUGUUAAUACUAUGCACAUCUUAGGUGUAUCAUUUUAAAACCAUGUGACUGCCUUUUGUGCAGGUGUUUUUAUACAUAUGUGUAGGAUGUUAAUGAGGUUUGCGAACUGUCAUUCUUUGCUUUUGUAUGGUGUGUUUUCUUUAUCAGAAACAUAGUUUGCUGUUUGCCUACCCCUUUCUGUUUUGACAACUGUAAACUUCUCAGCAUUAAAAGUAGAAUUGCAUUCCUUUAAAAUGCUUAUACUGCUAGCAUCUAAACAGUGUUGAAAUGUUGAUGUUUUUAACAGCAAGUGGAUGAAUUAAUAAAAGCAAGGGAAGCUAAUUAAGCUGAA